AUGACGUCGCUGUUCCAACUGGACGACGAGACAAAACGGCUGCUCACGCUGGACGAUUUCCUGCACGGGCUCACGAUCCACGAGUUUGUCGAGUUUCUCGCGGCGAAGCUAUCCUCGCGGUCCGGCUCCGACGGAGCACAGCCCCUCGAUCAGCUGGACCCCAAGCCGUACAUUCGCACCUUUGAGGCGUGUGUCAAGGAGCUGAACCGGCUGAGCGAGGAGUGCUUGGCAAAACAGACGAAAUACGAGAAAAUCGCCGCAGUCAAGCAGACAGACCACUUCUCCAACGUGCUGCGACUCGCUCCUAAGGCCAGCAAGCUCAACUCGCAGUUUGCCCAGCUGGACCUGAAAGUGCGACGCAUCAACGCGGAUAUUCGGCCGCUGGGCGACAAGCUUACCGAGACAAACAGCCUCAAGGAGAACACGGUGACGCUGAUUUUUCUGACCAAGUGCUACAACGAGUUCUACACCAAAAAACAGGCCCCGGCAGAGUUGGUCAAGAUGCCGCGCGGCCGGCGCGCCGUGGCGCUGAACCAGCUGCUCAAGCUGUCUUCGAAGCUCUCCAGCAAUGACAUGCCGCAGGCCAAGGCCACGCUCUCUGUGAUCCAGGAACACUGCAACAGGUUCGAGAUCGAGCUGCUCAACGAGUUCCACGAGAUGGACAACUCGAAAAAUUACAGACGGCUCCAGGAACUCUCGAGUCUGCUUUUCCUGUUCAACGACGGCGAAAACAUCAAGCAGUUCUACAUAAACAAGCACCCAGUCUUCAGCAACUUUCAGUCCACAGAGCUCAACGUCGAGCCGACGUUCUGGAAAAACAUGUGCGACGCGAGCUUCUCGCAGUACCAGCUCGACGGUCUCACGCUGGCGAUGCUGCAGGAAAUCGAGGACAUUCUGACAAAGACUGAGUACGACACAAUCCAGCAGAUUUUUCUCGAUCACACCAGGGCCGUGCUGCUGGCGUUUGUGGAUCGGUUCUACAGGGAGCUGAUCCGAAACCGCGUCCAGUUGUUGCUGCGGGUGGCGUCUUCGUACUCGAAACUGUGCAACCUGCGUGUGCUGCACUUGCUGUGUAACCAGGUGAACCAGCUAACUCAGAGACUCAAAGCUUAUUUUGGAGAGAAGGAGGUGGACCUGGGCGUCGAGUUGGACAAGUACCAUGCUGCUCUGUUCCAGCAGCACCUGGACAAGGAUGCCUACUUCAACCUGGAGAAAGAGAAUCUUUCGGAGCUGAUCGGUUCGUUCACGGCGCGUUUCGAGGAGAAAAACGAAAAAGUGGUCAACAAGCACCUGCUAGAGAACAAAAUCCUGCACUCCAAAGACGCCAGCACAUCGGUGGCGUCCGAAUACGACCAGGACGUGUUUCUGGAUGCUCCACAGCGCGAAAACUCGACUCGUAGACUGCUCUCGUACAAGCGGUCCAAAAAGCUGACGUCCAUCUCCAAGUUCAUCAAAAACAUGGAGCGGUCCUCACUCAGAGAGAGGUUCACGCGGACCAAGGUGCGCGGGGGCAGCGAUCAGGGCGCACGAGUGGUGUCGGACUCGUUUGACCAGGACACCGGCGAUGGGUCCGAGGUGUCGCUCGUGAUUGCCGAGAAAAUCCCCAAGGCCGUGGUGGAGUCUCUCACGCGAGCCAUCGAGCUGGUGCCGUCGAAAAUCAACGAAUACUCGCUCGAAAUGUUCGAUAUCCUGAUCAUGAGCUACGGCCAGUCGUAUCUGGCCAUUGAGCUCGAAAACCUCUACUACAAUGGGAUUUUGAUGCAGCAGCAAAAACUCUCAUCGUUCUUCGGCUCCAGCGAGAUCAACCUCAAGUUUGUGGAGCAAAUCAGCCUGGUUUGCGUCCAGGUGUACUUGCUGUCGAUCGUGGUGAAACGGUUCUUCUACCCGCUGAUUCUGUCCGCAGAAAUCAAAAACAGACUCAGCCUCAUGUUCAACUCGUAUCUGCAGGACGUCGAGCUUGGUCUCAACAUCAUUGUGGAUGAGUUGCUGGAGCUAAUCGAACGCAACAUGAAAAACAUCCUCAGCGGCCAGGCAAUGGACGAUUUCCAGCCGGCGACGCAGCCAACAAUCGACAGAACAGAAACGUGCGACAAGAUGCUCCAGUUUCUCGACAGAGUUUUCCGCGCGCUCUACGACCAUCUGGGCUUCAACCCGACGCUGAAAAUGGACACCAUCCGCCGCAUUCUCGCCAGUCUGCUCACGCUGCUCAUCAACCACUUCACGCGGUUCCGGGUCAACUCCAACGGCUCUCUCGUGCUCACCCAGGACGUGAUCCACUACAUCUCGAUCUUCGACGCGUACGACGGCCUCGACGACAUCAAACAGCGCUUCAGCAUUCUCCGGGAGCUCACUAACCUGUUUUCCUGCCAGCCCGAGCUGCUAAAGGACCUUCUGUGCUGA